AGUUUGACCACUUCCGUGUUGAUCCACGCUUUGCACGUUACUCGUGUGGGUUCCAGUUCUUCCAAGAUUAGCGUUCAAAAUAUAUUUAUAUUUAUCUGAAAAGAUGAGGCCGCUUACAGAGGAAGAGACGAAAACGUUUUUUGAGAAGCUGUCGAAAUAUAUAGGUGAAAACAUAAAGCUCCUCGUGGACAGACCGGACGGCACGUACUGCUUCAGGCUUCACAACAAUCGCGUAUAUUACAUGAGCCAGAAUAUUCUCAAACUAUCGACAAACAUUUCCCGGGACAAAUUGGUGUCAGUCGGCACUUGUUUUGGCAAAUUUACAAAGACCAAUAAGUUUCGGCUCCACAUCACAGCUCUGGAUUUCCUGGCGCCCUACGCAAAGUUUAAGGUGUGGGUGAAACCUGGUGCCGAGCAAUCUUUCCUGUACGGGAAUCACAUCCUAAAGUCCGGUCUGGGGAGGAUCACGGAGAACACCAUGCAGUACCAGGGUGUGGUGGUCUACUCCAUGGCUGACGUGCCCUUGGGGUUUGGAGUGGCUGCCAAGACGACGCAGGAGUGUCGGCGAGUGGACCCAAUGUCCAUAGUCGUGUUCCAUCAGGCUGACGUGGGCGAGUUCAUCAGGAAUGAAGAUGCAUUAACAUAAAUCAAGAUUUUUAUCAAUUGGACUGCAGCUGCUAUUGAUUUGACAAAUGACACCCCCCUAACACCCCUGACCCCACACACAACCUUCAUCCACAUUUGUUACAUGACAUUUACUAUAAAGCCUAUUUGUAAUGAUUGGAGUCAUGUGGUGAAACAAACAAAGCAAAAAUGUUUUUAAAUAUAAAAGAAUGGACUUGCCGGCGGCACAGUGGGCGACCUGUUAA